UUCGCUCCCCUCCGCACUGCUCGGCUCUCAGAACAGGUUGGCCGCCGGGGGACUCCAUCCCUGCCGUUACCGCUCUCUAUCACUCUCAAACCGGACACUGUCGCUGCUGUUCCCGUCCAACCUCAACCCACGGUUCUCAAGUCGGUCUCGGGAUAGAAACUUCGCUACUGUCACAGGAGGCUGGACGACCGUUAGAGAUAAACUGUGGAGGUGCUUUCACCAAGGGAUUCUCUCAUCGCGGAGUUGAGCGGACACUCAGAGUGGGACCCGAGAGACUGAAGACUAGGAGGCUUUGACUGCAUGAGGAGGCCAAGAGACAGGACCCUGGUCCUCAAGUAGACCCUCCAUAGACCCUCCCCCACACUGCCUGAACAUGAGGUCGUUCCGAUCAUUUGCAAACGACGACCGCCACGUCAUGGCCAAACACUCCAGCGUCUAUCCAGCCCCGGAGGAGCUGGAGGCCAUCCAGAAGCUGGUUUCCACCGUGGAGGGAGCCCUCAAGAAGGUCUCUGAUUGGAUGGAUGGCCUGAAAAACACCUCAGGAAAAACUCCCAGCUGUAGAAACACAGAGGAGGAAGAUGCUGCUGAGACAGAAUCUGAAGGUACAUCGGUGCUGUGCGGGGUGACACGGGUUGGCCUGGUGGCCAAAGGUCUGCUGAUUAAAGGCGACAUGAACCUGGAGCUGGUUCUGAUGUGCAGAGAGAAGCCCACCAAGCUGCUGCUGUACACCAUCAGCGCCAACCUUCCCCUACAGAUCCAGACUAUGACCGAGGACGGAUAUGAAGUUCGGUCGUGUCUCUCUGAGGCGGCGAUCCAGGUGUGCAGCACCAAAGACCCCCGGCUGACCCUGAAGAUCACCCUCUCCUCAUUAGCCAUGAGGGAGGAACACAGCUCCACAGAAGCAGAAGAGGACCACGACCGCGAGAAAAAUGAGCAGAGGUGUGAGGAAAAGGAGGAGGAAGAUGUCCUGGACGCUCUGAAAUGCCAGGCUGCUCUGGCAGCACUGCGACAUGCCAAGUGGUUCCAGGCCCGAGUUACUGACCUAAAGUCCUGCGUCAUUGUUCUGAGGGUCCUCAGAGACGUUUGCAACCGUCAGCCAGUGUGGGAGCAUCUCAAAGGAUGGCCAUUAGAGCUGAUCUGUGAAAAGGCCAUCGCCACCUGUAACCGGGCGCUGGGUCCAGGGGAAGCUCUGCGUCGUGUCAUGGAGUGUAUUGCCUCAGGAAUCCUUUUACCAGGAGGCCCAGGAGUUCACGAUCCCUGCGAGAGGGAACCCAGAGAUGUCCUGACGCACCUGAGCGCCCAGCAGGCUAACGCCCUCACACACAGCGCGCAGCAUGCACUGCGCCUCAUAGCGUUCGGACAGCUUUACAAGGUGCUGAAUAUGGAUCCCCUGCCGGCCAACAAGGCCUCUCCGAGGCUGUUAGAAGGCAGCUGUCAGAAGAGACUCCGAAACGACUCUGGCUGUGAGGACAGAGACUUCAGCAAGCGAAUAAAAGUUUUAGACUGGAGGAUGACUGACCCCAACCAUCCCAUGAACGCUCUAAUGCGUCUGAACCAGAUCCACCCGGGCCUCCAGUACCGUCUGCUGUGUCAGUCGGGCCCGGUCCACGCUCCGGUCUUCACCAUGUCCGUGGAGAUCCAGGGAACCACCUACCAGGCCUCAGGAAACUCAAAGAGGACCGCCAAGCUCCAAGUGGCACUUAAGGCGCUGCAGGCUCUGGGCUAUGUGCUCGGCUCAGAUGGAGACCUGGACUCUCUGAGCGCUGAUGAGAAGUCAGAUGGAGAAGGGAAAAACGACAGGAUGUCCACCAGCUCCAGCUCCACAUCCGUCACCUCCUCCACGGAGGCACAGGAGUCCAGAGCUCCAGGUCCGAUUCUGACGGCAGGAGGGAAAAACCCGGUGAUGGAGCUGAACGAGAAGCGGCGCGGCCUGAAGUACGAGCUGAUUUCAGAGAGUGGAAGCAGCUACGACAAACGUUUCAUCAUAGAGGUGGAGGUGGACAAACAGGUGUUUCGGGGAACUGGUCCCAAUAAGAAAGUAGCCAAAGCCAGUGCAGCGCUCGCUGCUCUGAACAGCUUGUUCUCUGGACCCAAAUCAACAAAUGGCAAAAAGAAACGACUCAACCCUCCGCCAAAGCGACACGUAACCACGGUGCUGACCAUCCCGUCCCUCGCUGCCAGACCUCCACGGGUCCCGGUGAUCCCCAGAGCCCCGUACAUCAGCUCCCCACCCACACACGGGUACAUCCCUCCAGGUUUCGGUGCUCCUUAUGGCUACAGCCCUGCAGGCCACCUCCCUGCUUACAGUCUUUCCUCCAGGUUGCCCUCAGUAGUUGUCCCCAUCAUCCGAGUCCCCCCAGUUUACCCUGUCACCCACCUGUACCCCUAUUAGGACCACACCCCCCCAUUAAAAGGAAUAUCCUCAGUAAGCUAAGCCACUGCUGAUUGAGUGCAGGCUGAGAGCUCUCAGCUAAGGAAUCAGAUCUGCUGAGUUUCAAAUGAAAUAAUAGAGCUAUGCGUGUCUGGACGCUCAGAUUUUUAAUGGAUGGACAGCUUUUUACCUUCCUGGAUCUCUCCUUUAUCCAGUCAAAGAAAAUAAACUAAAAGGUCAUUUAAAUUCAAACUGUCAGUUGUAAAAAUGACGGGAGUGUUUUAUGUGCAGGACAUCCUCAGCUCUGCUGAUGUUUCUCUAACAAAACUCAAACAACACCUUUUAAAUUAAUCUCAGUCAUUUUUAAAGUGGAAGUUAAACGUCGACCAAACUUCUUUCACAAAACUGUGUCUUACUUUUAUUAAUAAUUAUAUUACAAAUGUGAAAAAUUUAAAGGUAAAAGAAAAAAAGAAGUAUUGUUUUAGAAUAUUUUGGAAGCUGCUUUGAGUUUUUAAUCGUUUUUAAUUUCCAUGCCUAUAAGCUGGGCUCUACUGACCGCCCAAAACACUGACAGAGUGUGAAAACACAUUAAGCAGUGACACAAACAGCUACGUAGGACGGUAUUAAAUCAUCAACUCCGCCCCUUUCUCAAA